AUGGGAAGUUGUUCUGGGUUAUGUUCAAAAUUUACUGUUGAAAAACCAAUAAUAGUUAAUGUUUCAGAGAUUGAAGUAGUAGAAGGGGCUCUCAGUGAUGAGUAUUAUCAUCUAUCAGCCCAAAUGUCAUAGUAGGUGGAGGAGAAACAGAUUUUGAGAUUGGAGACAGGUGCAAUAUAUGAGGGAGAAUUAUUGAAUGGAGUCAGACAUGGAAGAGGAAAGCAAAUUUGGCCAGAUGGAUCUUAUUAUAUAGGAGAUUUUUUUAAUGAUAAGGCUUAAGGUCAUGGCAAAUUAGUGAAUAUAAGUGGUAACAUAUACGAGGGAUCAUGGAUGGAUGAUAAGGCAAAUGGAGUUGGAAAAUUUAUGAGUACGGAUGGAUCAUAUUAUGAGGGUGAAUGGUUGAAUGACAAAUAGCAUGGAUAUGGGAAAGAAUAAUGUUCAAAUGGCUCUUUUUAUGAUGGCGAAUUUUAUAAAGGGGCAAGACAUGGAAAGGGAAAACUAGUUACUAAAGAUGGAUGCCAGUAUGUUGGAACUUUUGAAAAUGGAGUAAUCAGUGGAAAAGGUACAUAUAAAUGGGCGGAUGGGAAAACCUAUGAAGGAGAUUUCAAACAUGGACAAUUAUGGGGAAAAGGUGUUAUGAGAUGGGAGGAUGAUAGAGAGUAUGUGGGAGAGUUUAAAGAAGAUAAAAGACAUGGCUUUGGAACUUAUAAGUGGAAUGGGAGAAAAUACAUGGGAGAAUGGUUAAAUGGACAAUAGCAUGGAAAAGGUGUCUAUAUAAGAGAGGAUGGACAGUAAAGAGAGGGAAUCUGGCAGUAUGGAAUUAGAGUAAGGUGGAAUGAUAAGUUAUAAACCUAAUAAGAAUAGGAAACUACUCAAAACUGAAGUACUUAUUUUGUUUCUAUAAAUUAAUCUC